AAAAAUUAUGGUUCAGAACUCGGGUUUAAAAACCCUAAACCCCUAAAGCCCAAACAAUCUUUAUUUUUUUUUGUCACUGCACAUUUCUCAUUGAAGCCUACAUCUGUUCUUGUUAUUAAUUUUCAUACUCAAACAAAAAUCAGGGGGGAAAUGGGUUUUUCGGCUUCUUUUCGUUCAAGUUAUUGUGAUGGAGGUUGCUUUCUCAAGGUUCAGAAUGAAAUUAAGGAUUCAAAGAUGAGAAAAAAAUUUGUUAGAGCUUCAGUGGCCUCCUCCAUAAAAAGCUUGAAUAUUAUGGAAAUUAAGGCCCCGAAAUCAGUAAAAUUCCGAAUUGGUGUUCUUGGAGCGAGUGGCUACACUGGUUCUGAGAUAAUUAGACUGCUUGCGAAUCAUCCAAACUUUGAGAUUACUCUGAUGACUGCAGAUAGGAAAGCUGGCCAAUCAAUCGGAUCUGUUUUUCCUCAGUUGGUCACGCAAGAUUUGCCAGAUAUGGUUGCUGUCAAGGAUGCAGAUUUUUCUACUGUGGAUGCUGUAUUCUGUUGUUUGCCUCAUGGAACUACUCAGGAAAUUAUAAAAGGUCUUCCAAACAAUUUGAAGAUUGUCGAUCUUUCAGCGGAUUUUCGGUUGCGAGAUGUUGGUAAAUACGGGGAAUGGUAUGGUCAGCCCCACAAAGCACCAGACUUGCAGAAAGAAGCGGUGUAUGGUCUGACGGAGAUAUCUAGAAGAGAGAUCGAAGAUGCACGUCUAGUGGCAAAUCCUGGCUGUUAUCCAACUUCUAUUCAGAUUCCUCUCAUUCCCUUGUUAAAGGCUAAACUGAUUGAAGUGAAGAAUAUUAUCAUUGACUCAAAAUCUGGUGUUAGCGGAGCAGGGCGUGGAGCUAAAGAAGCAAAUUUGUACACUGAAAUAGCAGAAGGCAUACAUUCUUAUGGUAUUACCAGGCAUCGUCAUGUGCCGGAAAUUGAACAAGGAUUGUCAGAUGCUGCAAAUUCAGAAGUUACUGUUAGCUUCACUCCGCACUUAAUGCCGAUGAGUCGUGGUAUGCAAUCAACUAUAUAUGUGGAAAUGGCCCCAGGAGUGUCAAUUAAGGAUUUAUAUCAGCAUUUGAGCUCAUUUUAUGAGAAUGAAGAAUUCGUGAUUGUGCUGAAGAAAAAUGAAGUUCCUCAUACUCGACAUGUUCGAGGAUCUAAUUACUGCUUUAUGAAUGUAUUCCCGGAUCGAAUCCCUGGAAGAGCAAUAAUAAUUUCUGUUAUUGAUAAUCUUGUGAAGGGAGCUUCGGGUCAGGCAUUACAGAAUCUUAACUUGAUGAUGGGAAAUCCUGAGAAUAUGGGACUCCUUUACAUGCCUUUGUUUCCUUGAGUAUUACGUAAGUUAAUGUUCUCGUUACAUGUGUUACUCUCCACUCGAUUAUCCUCCACUAGUGACACCACGAACUCUAUUUUACUGUUUUACUGUUUUACUGUAUUUGAGGCCAUGUGAUGAGAGGUAUAGAGGUGUAAACUGGUUUGGCAUGACUCUGUUUUUGGUAUGCCUCUGCCGGGCUAGCCUCUACCUGGUGAAUUCGAAAUCUUUAAGGCACAGUUACUGGUUUAGCCUGGACCGGGCUGUCCCAAAUCCGUGCCAGACUGCCCAACAAAGUUUUACUUUUGGUAGGUAGAAGGCCCGAACCAGAGAAACAAUGUUACUUUUUUCCAGUCCUCAGUUGAAUUCUCUUUGUAUUUUCCUGUAUCACCCUUCACAUUCACAUUCACAUUCACAUUUAUAUGCAAAUGUUUUUGUUGCUCGGAUUCACACAAAAUUUAGGACUGGAGACUUUGUCCUAAUGCAAAUUCAAUCAUAAUUUUGACAUCAAAGUUCAUAUACUCAACACUUGUUAGAGGAUUACUGUGCUUUUGAUUGCAGGUAAUCAAGAGCGAUCUUUACCUGUCGAGAAGCCAUUGGAUGCGUCCAAACAGCUGAAUUACUAGGCACCUGCCGAUGUUCAAUUGCAGAACUUGUUCACAAGCUCAGUUCGACAUAAUCGGCUCAAUGGAGUACUUGUCCUAUUUUGUUGUGCUUUAUGUCUGUAUUCCUGAGAUAUUCUUUUUCCGAUAAAAAAAAAUAUUGAUUUUUUAUUUAUUUACACUAGAAAAUAAUAAUAAGUGUCAUAAUGAUAAUUAGAGGAAAGAAUUGAAUUUUGGUU